AUGGAUCCGAGGGUUGCUUGGAUUCAGCCGGAACAGACAGGACCAGCAAACACUUUAUGGAUGCAUGUCUGGGGAACAUCUCAGGAAAUCGGAGGAAAGACCGGUCAGCACCAUAACCAUCAUCACAACUUCUGUGUCAAUUCUCCGGCUUUUGAUAUUUUAAAAAAUGUAACCGUUGCAGCAGCAGCCAAUGCAAAUAGCACCAACACCCGAAACAGCACUGGCUUUGUAACUUUACCAAACGGUAGUACUCAGAACUCUAUUUGCUCAUCUAUUAACGCAAACGGAGUGAAAGUCGGCGCAGACGAGGGGAAAAUGCCCCAGAAGACGGUAUCUGUUUCUUCCUCGUCCUCCGUGGAAUCAGGGGCGGACAGUCCAUCUUCCAGUUGCUCUUCAAGCAGGACUACAACCGCUAACAUUGUCACUGGAAAUAUAAAUAAACUCGCUGGAGGUGCCAAUUUGUUUUGUAGUUUUAGUGAGAAUAUUUUGAAUAAUGUCAACCAUCAUCAUCAUCCCCAUCCAAGGCAUUUCCAUCAGGAGCAACAGUACGGUAUCCACCAAAAUUGCAACAAGCGCCACCCGUUUCAUCCGGCUGCGAUUCAUAAUCACCACAAUCACCACCACCAUUCUGGCCGAAGGAAAAGUGACAACAAAGCGAGCACCUAUGGCAUAAACUAUCUCCUCUCCAACUAUAGUAAUGGUAAUUAUUUACACUCCGGAACGCCGUGGAAGACAAGAAAAUACAAUGUCGGAGUGCACGGGCUACAUGAAGAGAUUAUAGACUUCUAUAACUUUAUGUCUCCUCGGCCAGAAGAGGCAGCCAUGAGGAAAGAGGUGGUCCACAGAAUAGAGAUGAUCAUUAAGGAACUCUGGCCAAGCGCUGAUGUUCAAAUUUUUGGCAGCUUUAGCACUGGGCUUUACCUCCCUACCAGUGACAUUGACCUGGUAGUGUUGGGGAAAUGGGAAAGACCCCCCCUGCAGCAGCUGGAGCAGGCCCUCCGCAAACACAAUGUGGCCGAGCCGCACUCCAUCAAAGUACUUGACAAAGCUACGGUACCGAUCAUCAAGCUGACGGAUCAGGAGACGGAGGUGAAAGUGGACAUCAGCUUUAACGUGGAGACUGGUGUCAAAGCCGCACGCUUCAUCAAGGAUUACGUGAAGAGGUACCCUGUGCUGCCUUACUUGAUCUUCGUGCUGAAGCAGUUCCUGUUACAGAGGGAUCUGAACGAGGUGUUUACCGGAGGCAUCAGCUCUUACAGCCUCAUUUUAAUGGUCAUCAGUUUCCUACAGCUACACCCGCGGAUUGACGCCCGAAGCCCCAACAUAAACCUGGGUAUCCUGCUCAUUGAGUUCUUCGAGCUUUAUGGCAGACAUUUUAACUACCUGAAGACUGGCAUCAGAAUAAAAAAUGGAGGAGCGUACAUAGCCAAGGAAGACAUAAUGAAAGCCAUGAGCAAUGGCUACAGGCCUUCCAUGCUGUGUAUUGAGGACCCACUUUUACCAGGUAACGACGUGGGAAGGAGUUCGUACGGCGCCAUGCAGGUGAAACAAGCGUUCGACUACGCCUACAUCGUGCUAAGCCACGCCGUCUCGCCCCUCGCUCGCUCUUAUCCCAACAAAGACGCCGACAGCACUUUGGGACGCAUCAUCAAAGUCACACAGGAUGUCAUCGAUUACAGGGAGUGGAUUAAACAGAAGUGGGGUGGACGGCAUCAUAGCCGCGCUGAGAGAAACGGAGGUGUGGUCCAUAAGGAGCUGGUUGAACAGAGUGAUCCUAAGGGUCUUUUGGGUGUGAGUGCAGAGGAACAACAGCAGAGAGAUUCAGUGUCUCCACACAGUGCGGAUUCUCCCAUGUCUCUGUCCAGCCCUCAGCAGCACUCUUCAGCAUCCUCCUCAUCCUCACUGUCGGGCAGCGAUAUCGACUCUGACUCCACUCCGUGUGUAGCUCCAGCGGUGCCGGCGUACCCGCUGCAGACCCUGGCGCUGAGUACGCUGCCGCCCACUCUGCAGAUGGGCACCACUAAGGCCAACCUCACCGCACAGCUCACCAUGCCUCCUGCCUCUCAGGCUAGAGUGUCUAUACCAGGGAGUCUCCCUCUACACGCUCUACCUGGCAGACAGGUUUGUAUGGCAGACGGACCACCCCCCUAUCUCCACAUGCCCCCCCAUGCAGUCCCCACUGCCCCCCCCAGCCCCCUGCCCAGUCCCCACAUCCACCACAAGACUGGUCCUAAGUUCCCCGUAAAGGGAUUUCACAAUCCAGCCGUCAUUCACAGUCCGGUCCUGGCCAACCGCUCUCACAUCCAGUAUAACCGCAACACGUGGCGUCGCAGAAAGAGGGACAGUCUACCAGCCAGCGUCAGCAGAUAAACGUCACACUCCUCCUCCACCUCCUCCUUUUUCCUUCUUUCUUUUUCCUGCUCCUCCCGGCUCU